GGGUCCGACGGCAGGGGCGGCUCCGGGACCUUGCCUGCUUAAAAGGCGGCGGCUGCUGCAGGGCGGGUGUGAAAGUGUGGCUGGGACGGGCUGAGUCGGAGCUUCGGGACCUGCUCUCCGCUCAGGUGCAAAGAUGGGGUGCUUCACCUUUAUCAAGGUCAUGAUGAUCCUCUUCAACCUGGUCAUAUUCCUCGGUGGCGGGACCCUCCUUGGAGUUGGCAUCUGGGUCACAACGGAUAGAGAUUCUUUCCUGGAUGUAUUUGGGGUACUCUCCUCUACUGUCAUGCAGGUUGUGAAUGUAGGCUACUUCCUCAUUGUCAUCGGUGCCAUUCUGCUUGUGAUUGGCUUCCUUGGGUGCUACGGUGCCCAGAAGGAGAGCAAGUGUCUCCUGAUGAUGUUCUUCUCAGUGCUGCUGAUCAUCUUCGUAGCUGAAGUUGCUGCUGCCGUGGUGGCUCUGGUCUACACAGGUCUUGCAGAGACGCUGCUAUCAGCUGUGUUGACCCCUGUCCUCAAGGAGAAGUAUGGGGUGGAUGGCCCUUUCUCACAGAUAUGGAAUGUCACCAUGGAGAAGGUCAGUUGCUGUGGCCUGAAUAACUACACAGACUUCAACAACAGCUACUGGCAUGGUCAAACUGGAACCUACCCAGCGCCCUGCUGUAAGAACGUGGAGCCCUGCAACGCCACGCUGGCUGCACACAGCAAUGUCACGGGCUGUUUUGAUCAGAUUGUGGAAGAAAUCAGGACUAAUGCAGGUGUAGUGGGUGGUGUGGCAGCUGGCAUCGCUGCCUUGGAGAUUGCAUCGAUGGCGGUUUCCAUGUACCUGUACUGCCGGCUGGAUCGGAAAUGACCCCCCGAGGCGGGAGGAUGAUCUGCCCCCCUGCCAUGCUGAGGUGCACC